GCCUGGGAGCGGGGAGCUGGCUGUGUGUGUGUUGUGUGUGAGUGUGUGUGAGAGGAAGCGGCCGCAGCGGAGUGUCCGGGCACCGUGUCCGGGCUCCGUGUCUGAUCCCGGCCUGUCCCGGCUCCGGGAAGCCGCCUGCAGCCUCGACGGACGCCUCCAUGCGGCUGUGAUGGCUGACGGCAGCUGCUCGGCAGCACCACGCAGAGGGGAACCACCGAGUCUUCGAUCCCGAGUCGUCUGGACUGAUGGGCUCGACCCACCCGGCGUCGCCAGGCAGGAGAUUACCGCUGAAUGAGAACUGCUAGGCCGUCCAGGCUGGCCGUAGCAUGCCAACCGCAAAAGGUAAAGGUGGCGCGGCAGCCCACCGCUAUCGACCGGCCUCGGAGUACGACGACGCCACGCUGGCUCAGAAGAGGGAGUACUGGAGGAACAAGAAGCGAGAGCAGAGGGCCCGGCUGUCGGAGCGCAGAGGGAAGCCAGCGCACGCCAGCCAGGGCGAAACGCCUCCACGCCUAAAUGCCCCGGCGGGGGCAAAUUCCUGUUUGUCAGACGCUAUUUCUGUUUCGUGCUCUCCUCUGAAGGGUAAUGAUUCGUUCAGUUGUGCACCACAUAGUCAAAAUACUGAGGUGGGCAUUUUGUUCAAAGACAAUGAAAGCCAGGACGGCAAGUGGCUUCAGGCGGCUGAGCUUGGCGAGGUAUUGCCGCCGCUACCAGCUUCUCACCCCGUCUCCGCCAAGCCUGCUGGGGGCAACACAGCCGCCCUGAAGCACCCGGCUGUCCGGGGUGCUUUGCGCAUGGCCGUCACCUCAGCCGCAUCCAGUGGAUCCCAGCCGAACACCAGUUCCUCAGUGCCUCCUGUCAGAGCCACCCCAACCCUCAAUGGCAGCUCCACUACAGCAGCGCCUCAGCCAUUUGUGUCUAUGCAGGGCGCAUUCGUGCCCAAACCCCAAGAUAAGGCACAAACCACGCCGCCCGCUCAGCCCAGAGGCUCACCCACCAGGGUAACCGCCGGCAUCGCUCCGGUGUCUUCUCCAUGUGGCCCGGGUUCUAUCAAAACAGAGGGCACCACCGUGAGCCCACCCCCUCAAGCCGGAACGAGUGCCUUGGUCGUCGCACAGAGGGCUAAAGGCAACGCACACCCGUCCCUGGAGUCCGAGGAGGAGAAAGCGGCCAAACGGCGGGAGAUCUGGCGCAUCAAAAAGCGAGAGCAGAGGGCAAAGCUGGCGGCCCGGCUGCCCAAAAACCGAGAGAGGGAGCGGGGUGCGGAGGCGGCACUUCACGAGGAGACUGCACCGGGUUCCAGAGGCAGAAUGGUUCUUCAUCCGUGUCAGCCAGGUCUGAGAGGGCCGAUCCAGAGACGCCGGGCCGGCCCAGUGGCGUGCUCGUCUGUCAAACAGGAGCGAGAUGAACUGCAAAGUGGAGCAGCGGCUGUAGCUGUCGGGAACCUGCAGAGGGACCCGGCGAAGUCACCCCACGGGAAUCACAUCAUGCAGUCGAUCCCAGUUGAUGGCGCGUUGGUCAGGAGGCGGCUCGAUUCUCUGCGAAAGCCUCAAAACCAUGUGUAUCUUAAUAGCGUUACCCGCGGGAUGGCCCGGUGUAAAACGCCCAGGCAAAGAUUCAUCGACGCCCAGAAGACCUUCAUGCAUCUGAGGAACCUCAGAUGUAAGUCCCCCUUUGUGUCUUCGGUGUUCGGUCCCAGAGGUAUGCCCAGAAUUGACCCCAACGACACACCUGAGCAGAUCAUAGCCAAACGGCGAGAGUACUGGCGGCUGAAGAAGCGUGAGCAGCGAGCGAAGCUGUCGGUGGAGGUGAAGGCCCGACUGAAAGAGAAAGACUCCCUGAUGCGGAGAGUGAAACGUUACCAGCAUAUACUGGAGGAGAUGCGGAAGGCCAGAGCGCCCGCCCGCUCAGUAGGGGGCGCCCUCACCCACGCCUCCGAGACUAUCGGAGGGUUCAUCAAGGAAGACGGGACUCUGACGGUCAACAUACCCCAGAAUCCCGCAAACUACGUCUCUGCCACCAACAAAAGUGAGGAAGUAUGCCGCGUGGUUCCGAAGAAUCAGCCGACUGCUAAACACAGAGGCGUCGGUCCGGUCCGGGUAAAGCCCCCUCCGUCUUCACUCGGCCCUCCUCAGGUGAAAGUCUCGUUUCCUCUCGCUGGACAGUCGGCCAACAAGCCUCCGUCGUUACUGUCCAUCAGACCACAUGCUCAUCUGGAAAGCACAACUCUCCCAGACCCACAGCCGUUAGCGGUGCAGAGCGCCGGCCAGCUCACGCUCAGCCACCCUCACACGGCCCAGGACUCGCUUUCCCCCGGGCCGGCGGCGGGCCCGGCGGCGGGCCCGGCGCUCGGCGGCUGCGUCAUGAAGAUGGCCGUGUCGUGCAGCGCGCCCUCGCUGCCGGGCCUGUCUCUGGAUCCGGGGCUGACGGAGGAGGUGAAGAUGGCUAAGAAGAGGGAGUACUGGAGGAUGAAGAAACGCGAGCAGCGAGCGGCUCGUGCUUUCUGUCUCAAGCAAGGUGUCUUCCAGUCCAGGGCCUUCAGUGCCCUGCAGAGGAUCAAGGCUCAGAAGCAAGCACCAGUCCCUCCCGUGCCUCUGUGUCCCGUCAGCUGCCCAGCGAGCGCACAGCCUCUUCCCCCCGACGGCGCGUCGGUGACGCCCGAGGUGAAGCAGGAGGGCCGGUCUCUGCCGGCGCCGGACCUCAGCUCCCAGCCAGACCCCGCCGUCUGUCCAGAUGUCAAACCCCCCCCGCCGUCGCCGCCGCCGCCGGAGCUGGACCCCGCUCUGACUGCGGACAGCCAGGCCACCACGCUGCUGGCCGUGGCCUCCAUGAAGAAGCUCCUGGAGGAGUCGCUCAGCACCGUGACCGACGGCAGUCAGACGGACAUCAAGGUGGAGGCGAGCGACGAGGCCUCGGACGAGGACAUCAAGCCACAUUUACCUCAGCUGUUCCUGGACAGCGACGACAUGUCCCCCGUCACCGCGGACCUGACUCUGCAGAUGAGGGACUGGCAGCCAGAGGACGGGGACGUGGACGGGGACGUGGCGCAAGAGCCAAUCAGCCCUCAGCUCGACCAGUCGUUUUUCAUCGGCGAGACGUCUCCACCGCUUCCUCCCACCUGCGAGAGCUCAUCCCAGACCCCCUCCAGCUUCAUCCUGACCCCCGACGGGCCGUCCUCUCCACACCUUCACCUCGAGAACUCUCCAGAAACACCGGGGCUCCACGGCGUCCCGGCUGCGUCCCCGGACCGGCGGCAGGACGAGCCGCAGCGGCGCCCGCCGGACGGCGGUCCGCCGCCGCCGCCGGCGCAGAGCAGCCUGCAGAGGAAGAGGGAGUACUGGAAGCUGAUGAAGAGGCAGCAGAGAGCCCGGCUCAAGGCCCACCAGAAGGACCGCAGCAGGGAGUCCAGCCAGCGGACACGUCCCAGAAACACCAGGACUCCGGGCCUCGUCACCAUCAUGCCCAAACAGCCGGUGGCUCCUCCUCCUCUCGCCGCCGCCGCCGCCGGCAGCAUCCCGGCCGUCCUGCUGGUGUCUCGGCCCGCCGUCCCAGCCCCGCGGUCCCCCGACUCCCUCCUCCAGCUGCCGUCCCCCGGCACCGACGGGAACUCUGCGGCUCUCCAGCUUUCGCCGGUCAAAGAGUGGACGUGUCCGCCGGAGUGGACGUGUGAGGGCGCGGACGCGGCGCCGUCCCCGCCCACCCUGAAGCCCCCGGACAACCCGCUGUCCAGCAUCAACCUGCAGCCCAUCGAACCCCCGGGACCGAGCCCACCCGCCGUCCUCAGCCCCAUCAGGAUCCCCAGCCCCCAGCCGCAAAGCCCCGCCCACACGCUGCCCUCCCCCCCCGCCAGGCCGCCACCCGCGAGCACCUUGGCCCCCCCGAAGCCCGUCCCGGGCGAGUCCCAGGAGGACUUCCUCCGCAGGAAGAGGGAGUACUGGAGGAUCAAGAAGAAGGAGCAGAGAGCCAGGAAGGCCAGUCAGCAGAAGGACAGCCCCCCAAAGAUGGCGUCCAGCAGCAGCAGCCGGCCCGUCCUGCUGCCCGCCGAGGACCCCCACCCACAGGACUGCGAGCAGUGGGCGGAGUCUGAGGACCCCCAGCGAAUCAUGAGCGUGGCGAUGGACGGCGGCCCGGGAGGAUUCUCGUACACGGACUACCCGGUGCCGGCGGGAGACGAGCCGGACGUCCUGUUCUCGGAGCUGGACGGCGCCGGCGGGGACGAGGCCCCCGUGUCGGACGGCGUGUGGCGGAGCCGCUACCUCAUGGACCACGACCCGCUCAACCAGCUGCUGGUGUGCAUGGUGUGCGGCGAGCUGCAGUACUCCCACGGCCUGGAGGGGGUCCGGGCCCACAUCGACGAGGCCCACCCCCACACCCUCGGCCUGGACCCCGCCCACCGCCGCCGCAUCCUGGAGGCCUGGGACGAGCAGGUGUCCCGCAGGGAGCGCUUCUUCACCAGCCAGCUGCAGCAGCACGGGGGGGCGCUGGCAGACAGCCAGAGGAACUGAGCGGCGGCCGCUCGACUGAGGAGGAGCCUCGCCGUCCGCCGGCGGUCCGGACUAAAGCUUUACCUCAUUUCCUCCUGCCAAGGCGGCGGGGCGGCGGUUCACCGCGGUUCAUGGCGGCGGUUCACCGCGGUUCAUGGCGGCGGUUCACGGCGGCGGGACGGCGGUUCACGGACGCCGCCGGACACCUCCAGGCUGCAGAGACCGUCACUGUUCCUCCUCAGCAGAGGACUGAAAAAAAAAAGACAGUUUCUCUUUCCUUUCUCAGCUUUAAUUUUGUGACAGCAGGAAGCAGGGGGUCAUUAGGGCAGAGGUCAGAGGUCAUCGCUCGCUGCAUUUCACGCAGCAGAGCUGCUCUUUCAAAACCUCAAAAUCUCCACAAGACAAACUUCAGUCUUUGCUGCUGAAGCUUUUCCACACAAACGUAAAGCAGCACAAUGAAGAGAAACGCUGGAAGCUCCUCCCUCUCAGCAGGCGGCUCCUUUACUGACGUGAAGCGGCAGCGCCGCCUAGUGGCAGGACGGGGACAACCGGAGGGACGCUGCUGGAGGUCAGAGGGUCAAUCACAUGACCCCAUUAUUCAGAUUUAAGGUUUAAAUUCUCCUGAAAUGAGAAAAAGUCCAAAUGUGGCCGAUGUGUUUCUGGAGUUUUAGCGUCAAACGGGUUCCGUUUGCCUCCUGAGAUCAAACCUGCGGGACGUUUCCUCACUUUUAAAGCCGUGUUUUUUCCCACCAGCCUAAAUCCCAGCUGAUCAGGACGACGUCGUGUUGGAGGUUCAGCUGGAAGCUUCAAGCUGUUUGACUUCAUUUCACGUUUUUAGAGUUCUGCAUUUGAAUCCAAUGUGUUGUUUUACACUUUAAAAGGUCAUUUAUUGAAAAAAAAAAAAAAAGGGUCCUAAAUA